CAACUGCCAACGCAGAAACACUACAUACUCGACACACAACCUGCUCCUGCUCCGGCGCCUGCGCCCGCGCCCGCGCCCGCGUUGUUAACGCUCUCCUCCACCAGCUUGCCGGCUGCAUCUGGAGCACAGCAACAACCAAUACACACCCCAAAGCUGCGCAAGUCAACUAGCUUACAACAACAAGAGCUCACUUCAUACGAGGAACAAAAACAACAUGCGCAUAAACAACAACGAAAACAUACAAAUUUGAAGAGUCAACGGACAGCAGCAACAGCGCAUGCAAAACCACCAUCACCAUCUGCAUCACAUCAAACGGUAAAUGCGCGGGCGGCAGUAGCACCGGCACCACCCCCACUGCUGCCAUCAUCAGCCACAAUCGCAGCCGCACAUAUACACACACAUACACAAACAACUUACAUUAUACGCAAGGAUAUAGCAAGUUUUAAUUUCUCCGACAUUGAGGUGAAUGAGGAGGAUGCAACAGCGGCGGCACGGCUGGACGAUUUGGCGCGGCGCAGCCGAAAUGGUGAACUGUUGCACGAUUUGUGGCAGCGUGCCGUUACAGCGACGCCACAACCGCCGAUCACUGAACUCGAUGACAUUUUCAUUAGCGUCAAGACAACGAAAAAUUAUCACGACACACGUUUGGCUUUGAUCAUCAAGACGUGGUUCCAGUUGGCGCGCGAUCAG